ACCCCCAAGCGCCUCGCGCUUCUUGUCUACUCCCGUGCUUGACACCCCCAAGCCACAGGGACCGCGCACAGCGCCCCGACAACAUGGGGACCUAUCUGGGACCGCUGGUUCUCGCGGCUCUCUGCCUGUCUGCGCCCGCACUAGCAGACUCGAAAUGUAAAGCAGGCUGUGGUCAUCAUGGAGCGACGGCAAACAAUUUUGCGUACGCCGAGGGAAACACCUACACCUACAGCGUGGAGGGAACCACAACCACCUCCCUGACCGGAACGAAGGGCGACGGAUCCAAGCUCUCCGUGAAAGCCACCGCCGAACUCUCAAUCCAGCCCAACUGUGCCCAGUUCCUGAAGCUCAGUGACGUCUCCGUCACCGGGUCCGACGGCAAGAAGUACGACAACUUGAAGGAGUUGGAGAAGUACCCCCUGCGCUUCAACUUCCACGACGGCCACAUCGAUGCCGAGGUGUGCUCCGUGGAGGACGACUCCCAGACCGCCCUCAACGUCAAGCGGGCCAUCCUCUCCCUGUUCCAAGUCGCCGCUUCCCAGUCCUACGGCAGCAACGCUGUCACCGAGAUUGAUGUCUACGGUUCCUGCCCCACCGAAUUCUCUUUCAGCAAGGAUGGAGACGUCCUCAUCGUCCGCAAGGAGCGCAACCUCAACCGUUGCGCCUACCGCGAGGACUUCAGGUCCGACAUCCUGUCCGUCGGCUAUGCCGGUGGCUCCCCUCUUCAGAACACCCCCCUCAUGGCUGCCUCCUUCAAGUCCACCCAGAAGAUCAAGAACAAGAUCAUCGACUCUGCUGAGAGCGUUGAGGAAUACUUCUACCGCCCUCUUUCCAACCGUGAUGCUGGCGCCAAGACUGUCGUUGAGACCAAGAUCAAGCUGGUCUCCACCAAGAAGCAGGCUCCUUCAAACACUGCCGUUACCCGUCAGCGCUCCAUUAUCUUCGAGGUUCCCCAUGUCACCACUGUCCCUGGAAAUGCUGAGGCUAUUUCCAAGGCUAUGCACAAGGCCCAUGAAAACAUGAAGACUGUUGCUGGCGAGUCAUCUGCUCGUGACUUUGGUGAUGUUGUCCAGGUCCUGCGUCAGUCUACCAAGGAUGACAUUCUUAAGGCAUUCAAAGAAACUCACCACAAGUCUAUGUUCAUUGAAGCUUUAAUCCGCACUGGAACUGGUGAUGCUGUCCAGGCUGGUGUAGAACUUAUCAAGCAGAAGGAAAUCAAGGGAACGACUGAGAAAGUCUGGUACAUGAGCCUGGGCUUUGUUCGCCAUGCUACUCCUGGUUCUCUUGCUGCUGUUGCUUCUCUCAUUGACGGUAGUACCACCUCUCGUAGCCUGGUCUUGGGCGCUGGUGCUCUGGCUGGACGUUAUUGCCGUGAGCACGAAUGUGACAACAAGUCAGAGUUCAACACUCUCAUCUCCAAGCUGGCUGGUUCUCUUGGUGCUGGCUGCAAGCCCAAAGACAAGGCUGACGAAAACAAAAUCAUCGCCAGCUUGAAGGCUAUCCACAACAUCCACAACCUCAAUGAUGCCACUGCCAAGACUGUGUCUCAGUGCGCCAGCGAUGCCUCCCUGCCAGCUAGGAUCCGAGUCUUCGCUCUCGAAGCCUUCCAUGGUGAUGCCUGCAUUCCCAAACUUCGUGAAACUGCUCUGAAUAUUCUGAAGAAUGUUGAAGAGGAUUCUGAAAUCCGCAUCAAGGCAUACCUUGCCCUUGUGGACUGCCCCAAUGGACAGGUUGCCAAUGCCCUCAAGGAAAUUAUUGAAAAGGAACCCAGCUACCAAGUGGGUGCUUUCAUUGUGUCGCACCUGCGCAACCUCCGUGCCUCUGCUAACCCUGACAAGGAGUCUGCUAAGGCUCAGUUGGGAAACAUCAAGCCCACCAAGCGAUUCCCCAAUGACCUGCGCAAAUUCUCCCGCAACUUUGAGGUUUCCACCCUGGUUGACCUCAUGAACAUUGGUGCCUCUGCUGAGUCCAACGUCAUCUUCUCUCAAAAGUCCUUUGUGCCUCGUUCAGCUUCUUUGAACCUGACUACUGAUGUCUUUGGCCACUCUGUGAAUCUCUUUGAGUUGGGCCUUCGUACUGAAAAUAUUGACCGCGUUCUGGAGCACAUCUUCGGGCCCAAGGGCUACGUCAGGUCAAACAAUGUCAAGGACAUGUUCUCUGAAAGCAAGGACAAGCUUGUCGAUCUUGCUGAAAAGAUCUCAAGCCGUUUUGCCAAGUCUACCCGUGGCAAGCGCUCCGUUAGCCGUGAUCAGAUCAAUGCUGUAUCCAAGAAGGUCUCCCUUGGACCUAAGGAAUUCGAUGCCGAUGUUGACAUUGACUUCUCUGUGAGAGUCUUUGGUUUGGAGAGCAUCUGGUUGAACUACCAGGGUGGUCAGGUGUCCCCCGACAGCAUUGUGGAUAAGAUCUUUGAUGGCAUUGAUGCUGGCAUUGACAAGGCCAAGAAAUUCAACUAUGACAUCCAGAAGCACUACCAGUUCCUGGACACUGACCUUACCUACCCUACUGGUCUGGGUCUGCCUCUCAAGCUCUCUGCCACUGGUAACGCUGUCAUUCAUCUGAAGCUUGACGGAAAGCUGGACCUUCACGCCAUCCUGAAGGACCCUCUCAACGCUGAGGCCAAACUGAGCAUUGUUCCCAGUGCUGCUGUGGAAGUCAACGGCCUGAUGGUCAUUGAUGCCAUCGCUGUGCAGUCUGGUCUGAAGCUCUCAACCACUGUCCACACUGCCACCGGCUCUGAUGUUACUGUCAAGGUUUUGGGUGGCAAUGGUAUUGAUGUCAACUUCGGUCUGCCCAUCCCUAAGCAGGAUUUGAUCACACUCAAGUCUGAGAUCUUCAACUACAAGAGGGAAAAGGGACAGUCUGAGGUCAACACCCCUCUGGCUUUCAACACCAAGCGCAAGGAUUAUCACGGAUGCUUUGACCAGCUGAGCCCUGUCAUUGGAGUCACCUUCUGCACUGAGUUUGGCUUCCCCACUGAGACCCCCACUUUCAAUGCUGCCUUCUUCCCCUUGAGCGGUCCUGCCAAGGUUUCCAUCAGGGCUGAGAAGGAUGACGCUGGCAUGUCUGGCUACCACCUGAAGGCCUUCUACGACAAGAAGAACCCCCACAAGCGCUCAUUUGAAAUCUCUGUGGACACUCCUGGCUCAAAGACUAACCGCAAGGUGGCUUUGACCCUGGAAGGUUCCUCCAGCCCUGAUUAUGCUGUCAAGGCAGCUCUGACCUCUCCCUGGAAGAAGUUGGCUCUUGAGGGCCAGAUCCUUGACAGUGACAAGAAGCAGAUGCUUGUUGGCAAGUUGAUCAAUGACAAGGCUGAGUACUCUGUUAAUGUUGGUCUGGAUGUGUCUGGUCCCCCGGAAGCACGCACCUACGCCCCUGUCCUCGAGUACAACGCUCCAGGUGGACGCAAGGAAGCUCUUACUGGAAAAGACGGAAAGAAGCAGGCUGUCAGCAUUGAAGGCACCAUCACUGUUGAAAAGAAGGGAGACACCUGGCGUAAGUACAAGUUCAACGGCAUUGCCAUCAACACCCCUGUGGGCAAGUACGGCAUCGAUGGUGCUAUCACCAAAGACGCCAACCUCGUUGCCCAUGAUCUGAAGCUGUCCAUGGACAAGACAUCUGCCAAUGUGAAGACUGAUCUGCAGAGGCUUGGCCCUCAGGCCUACAAGGCUCACAUUGAAGUGGUCCCCAACCAAAGCCCUGACUUCAGCUUUGCCAUUGAUUGGGAUUACAAGAGGGAAAACAACCAAGUGGAUAACAAGCUGAUUGUUGCUCAUGGAGCAAACCUGAAGGCCACUGAAUCCCGUGUGACCCUUAUCCAGCAAGGUAACCUGAAGGGUGACAGCCUGAGCAACUUUGAUGUCUCUACCAAGCAGAAGCUGACUUACCCUCCCCUUGGAAUUGACGGCAAGUUGGAUGCUGCUGCAACCAGGAAGAGUGCUAACUAUGACGUCUCUCUCAAGUAUGACAACAAGAAGGUGGAAAGCAAACUCUCUGCCAAAGUCAACCAGAAGGCAGUUGGUGAUUAUGAAGUCAAGUUCUCCGCUAAGGUGAAUGAGAAGGGAAUUUCCAUCGAGAGUAUGCGCAGCAAGCCUGCCGCUGACAAGGCCAAGGGUCACCAUGUGCUGGAACUUACCCCUGGUGGUAAAUAUGAAAUCAACUCUGACGUUACUUACAAUUUUGAAAAGAACAACAUCAACUACCUUGGUGAGCAUUUGAUCAAACUGCACCAACAGCCUGACAUCAAGAUCAGCACUGCUUUUGUCAACAACCCUAACAGCUUCAACACCCACUGCUUUGUCACCUACGGUGACACAAAGUAUUUGGACUCUUCUGCAAAGCUUGACCGCAAUGCAGGAAGCCCCAGUGGCAGCUACAAGAUCAUCAUCAAGGAUUACUUUGACUCUCAUGGAGAAUUGAAGUAUGGCGCAGGCAAGGGAUCAGGCAGCUUUGUGGUUGAUAUCCCCAAGGUCCAGCGUAAGAUUAAGGGCUCUGCUGAGUUGUCCGCCUCUGGCUCCAAACACAAGGUCUCUGCUGAUCUCUUGUGGAAUGCUGACAAGGAUCCCAAGCAGAAGAUUCACUUUGAGACCGACUCUGAUCUCUCCCCCAAAGCAAUCAACUCCAAGAACACCAUUGUUAUCAUGGACUGGAAAACUCUUGUCAACUUCAAGCAUGAGAAGACAGGCACUGAACGUGAUGGCACCUCCAACAAGGAGCUUGAGGUUACCAUUCCCAAUGGACGUCGAUUCUUGGUGCGCUUCAACCAUGGACUCCACCUCAAGCCCGACCAGCCUGGCUCUGGAGACCUGUUGGUUCUCCUGGAAGACCAUAAUGGUAGUGCUGUUCGAUCUUCAGAGCUCAAGGUGACUGCUAAGGGAGUUGAUGUCAAACAUGGUGCCUUUGAUGGUGCUGUUGACUACAACUACAAGUCCCCCAGUGGCAAAGAUGUUGAGGCUAAGCUAACUGCUAAGAACAAUUAUCUCGGUGACAAGAAGUGGGUCUCUGAGGGCAAGGGCGCCAUCAAGAGUACCUACCUAUCCAAGCCUGUUAACAUUGAAUUCAACUCUGAGGUUACACCCAACCUGGUCUCGUACAAGCUUAAGGGUCAGAAUGUGCUGACCUUGGAGUACGAUAUCCAAGGUAAGGUGCUGCAUGGCUUGGAGAAGGACAAACACAGCAGACAUGCCGACACUUCCAUCGACCUGAAGCUGCCCUCUGACCACAUCAAGAACAUUAAGAUCAAGACUGACUGGACCAUGACCGCUGAGGAAGGCUCCCCCUGCCAAGUGGGUUUCAAGCACCUGUGGGACAUGCUGGAGAAGAUCAGGAACCAGAAGGGUCUCAAGCUCGCUUCCACUCUCUCCUUGCUGGUGCCCAACCUGGUGCCAUCCUGUGAGGUCAAGGCUCUGAACGAAAUCAGUUGGGAUGAGAAGACAACUAAGCUGAAUGGUGCUCUUAAGGCUGAUCUCAGGAGAGGCUCCACAAAGGUCAUUCUUACACUCCCCAAUGACAAGCCUCGUUCCAUUCAGACUUCCUGGGUGCAUGAACUCGACCAGGAUCCUCCCAAGCUCAGCAGCACUGUCAAUGCCCAGUGGGAUGAGAAGAAGGAGGUCAAGCUGGACUUCAAGGUUGAAGGACUGAAGGAUCUGAGUGACAUCCAUGCUAAGCUUUCUGGUACCACCAACGUCAACCAGAAGCACGACUUUACCAUUGAUGUUCUGAACAAACGCAAGAGCGAGCGCGCAUCCAAGACUGAUGUGUCCCUGUCUCUGGAUGAGAAGAAAUUGAACGUUGGUGUGGACCUUGACAUGGCUGAUAAGAGCCCCAAGUUUGACAUUAAGGUUGAGCACUCUGGUGGCAAACUCCGUUUGGCUUCCAAGACUGAGAGGAAGUCCGACAAGGAGGUGAAGAACGAGGGUGAGAUUCAGUGGCCUUACCAGGGUGGCGGCAAGCUGGCUUGGGAUGUGGAAGCCAAGGUUGAGUCCAUUGACAACUUUGACAUCAAGGGUAAGAUUGACUCAGAGAAACUGAAACUGAACAAGUAUGAGAUUGCUGUCGCCAGCAAACCAGGUGACAAGAAGCAAAUUACUUUCUCUUGCAAGUCUGCUGAUCAGAACAUCCUCAGUGGAUCCACCAACUACCAGUUUAAGGAGGAAGGCAAACUGUGGACUAUGGAGGGCUCCGGCAAUGUUCAAAUCAAGAAUGAGGCUCGCAGCACACACUUCAAGUACACUAGGCAGCAGCUGGAUCUGUCCCAGGACCAGGAAAUUGGAAUUGAACAUAAACUUGAUGUUGACCUGGGUGGCAAAGAAAGCAUUCAGUUGGUGAGGAAGUUAUCUAACAAACAGCACCGCUUCAUCAAUGUGUACUGUGACAAGGAAAAGAAGUGCGCCCGAGUUGAGUAUGAUCAUAACAUCAAGAAGCAAGAUUUUGUUGAUGUUGACCGUGAGCUGAAGAUUGUGUUUGACCUCAAGUCUCUUGGUGUUCCUCAUGACUUCAACUUCCAGCACACUCGCGUUCGCCACGGCCGCAUUAUCGAUAUUGACUCUGUUCUGAACAUGGACUCUGGUGCUGAGAAAACCACCAUCUCAAGCAAGGCUUAUGCUCAUGAGAAGUCCGCAGGUGUGAUCAUCAACCUGCCGAAGCGCACCAUUGAGGUCCUGGCUGAACUUGAAGUCCCCAACGGAAAGCAGGAAGGAUCCCUGAAGGCUGCUCUGUCUCUGUGGCUUGACAAGAAGCGUCAGCCCAACCUGAAAUCCGCAGUUAUCAUUCUUGGUAACGUUGCUCAGAACCAGGAUGGUGCUUCCCUCUCUGGAGAAGCCCGCUUUGUUCACCCUGGAGCAAAGGACUUGUCCGCCACCACCAAAGUCACCGUUGGAGGGCCCCAGAACCUGCUCGACGCUCAGGCUGAUUUGGAUGUGUUUGCUGACCAGAACCAGAAGGUUGUCUUGGAGGCCAAGGUUGCAGCUCUUCAGAUCCCGAGUGGACGUAACAUCACUGUGAACAUCGGAGCCAAGAGCAAGGGUCUUAACCUGGAUGUUGAGCUGUUGGGACAUGCUGCCCUCAGCCCUGAAGUCAUUUCUGCAUCCCAGUUCCUUGUGUACCAGGAUGUGAAGAAGGGCUCCCGCAAUGUUGGUGCUUAUGCCAAGCUGUCCAAGCAAAAGCUUAUUCUGGUCGCUACUGUUCCCGGUUCCGUCCUCCUGAAAAUCAAAUCUGAUCUGAAGCUUGCCCGUGAUGUUCAGAGCAUUGAUUCCACCAUUGACCUGUUCGGUAUGAAGCCUGUCGUUGUUCAAGGAGAAAUCAAGGACUUGAACUCUGCUAUCUUCAGCAUCUUCAAGAAGGAGGAUCCCAAGAAGAAGCUGUCCCUCAAGGGUGGUAUUGCAUGGGGCCAGGUGGCUGAAGUGAGAGCAACCAAGCAGGAUGGUGACACCAAGAACGAUCUGUUCCAUGUGACUGUGGCUCUUGAUGAGUCUCACUUCCUCCAGACUGAGUAUGGUGGUUCCUAUGACAAUGUUAAGGCAACAAUUGAUGGCCUUCGCAAGGAGGGUAAUGCCUUCGCCAACCAGGCAAGGAUCCAGAUUGCUGAUGCCGUCCUGGAAGGCAACAACAAUGUCCGUGAAAUUGCCGACAAAAUCAAGCAGGCUAGGCCCAACAUUAAGCCCGUCACUGAGACCUAUCAGAAGGAGCUCAAGGCUCUGGCUGAUGAACUUGCCAAUGAAAAACUGGCCAAGGAGAUCACAGACAUCAUCAAGGAAGCCGUCACCCGCAUCACCGCCAUCCUGGAGAGGAUUCAGGCUGAGUUCCGCAAGUACGCCGAAAUCCUGGAGAAGCCCCUGAAGCAGCUGUUCGACACCCUGAAGCAGUGGGUCGUCAAGCUCAACGAGAUCUACGGCUCCGUGGCCGAGUCCGCCGUCGGUGCCUGCGACGCCAUCGCCCAGCUGCUCGCCAACUACAUGAGCAAGAUCGUGGAGCUGGUCCGCAAGCACGAGGACGAGAUCAAGAGGAUCGCCACCGUGGUCGGCCAGGGCAUCCAGGACGUCGGCCGCAUCGUCAGCAAGGCCGUCGGCCAGAUCCGCCACGAAGUCGAGGAGUUCGUCAAGCUGUUCAUGGAGCAGCUCAAGGCCCUGCCCAUCUACGAGGUCCUCAAGGAGAGGUACCAGGAGCUCAAGAAGUACCAGAUCCCCGACCAGGCCUGGUCCAUGAUCAACGACCUGAUCAGCGCCCUGGGCGCCUCCAUGCCCACGCCCGAGGUUGGCAAGCUCCUAGAGGACAUCAGCAGCUACGCCGAGAAGCACCUGAAGCACGAGCCCGUCAACGACGUGGAGGAGCUCAAGGCCAUCCUCAACAGCGCCAUCGCUGCCGUCAAGUCUCUCGUGAACCUGGUCAAGAACCAGAUCUCUCAGUCCGACCUCGACAAGCUGGUCAAGUUCGCCGCCGUGCCUCUGCCCGGAUCAUCCUGGUUCCAGCUGCCCAUCUUCGCUCCUAUCCACUUCAGCCCUCUCAAGUGGCUGCAGAGCGGCGACCUGCCUUCCCUGUCCGAGGCUUACUACACCUACAGGCCCACCCUCAACCCUCUCGACUGGGUCCCUCCCUACAAGAUGUACGGUAUCCUGGUUGACUCCCACAACUUCUACACCUUCGACCGCAAGUACUACAACUUCAAGGGCGCCUGCUCCUACGUCCUGGCCCAGGACUUCGUUGACGGCAACUUCAGUCUGGUUGUCAACCUGGAGGGUGGCAAAUUCAAGUCCAUCUUGUUGAAUGAUGCCAAGGACUCCAUCGAGCUCGAAUCUGACAUGUCCAUCCUGGUGAACGGCAAGCCUCAGGACUUCCCUGUCUCCCAGGGUGACCUGUCCGCCUGGCGCCGCUAUGACUCUGCCAACCUCAGGUCCGCCUCCGGCGUCUUUGUGACUUGCGACCUCAAGAGGGAGGUGUGCCAGUUCUUCCUCAGUGGUUUCUACUUCGGCAAGACCCGCGGUCUGCUUGGAAACAUGAACUACGAGCAGUUCGAUGACCUGGUUCUGCCCAAUGGAAAGAUUGCCAACAAAAUUGCUGACUUUGGAAACGCCUGGAAGGUCAACUCAGAGUGCAGUGAUGUGCCCAAUGUUGAGCAUGAUCACUCAAAGGAAUCCUAUGGAGAAUGCAACAAAUUCUUCAGUGGUAGCUCUCCUCUGAGCUCUUGCUUCCCUUACAUCAACCCUGCCGCUUUCCGUACUGCCUGCGAACACGUCGCCACCGAAGCCAAGUCUGAGGACACCAAGAAGAAGGCUGCCUGCGAUCUGGCCUUCGCCUACACCCAGGCUUGCCGCUUCGAGCACGUCAAGGUCGACAUCCCGGCCAGCUGUGCCAGCUGCACCGCCGGCAACAGUCCCAUCGCCAUUGGAGACACCGUCAGUGUCAAGUCUCCCCAGACGAUGGCCGACAUCAUCCUGGUCGUGGAGCAGAUCAAGCCCAACGAGGAAGUCUUCAAGGACCUUGUUGUCCCUUUGAUUGCCUCCCUCAGCAACGAGCUGAAGGGCAAGGGCAUCACUGACGUGCACUUCUCCCUGCUCGGCUUUGGAGCCCCUGAACAGAAGUGGCCUGCCCACUACACUUCCGGCGGCGAGCUCUCCUUCGAAGGCAAGACCAAGAACAUCUGGUUCGGCGCUCCCACAACGUACGAGAAGCCCCUGGACACUGUCGAGAAGAAGCUCAAGUGGAUCAAGCACCAGAUCGACCUCGAAACCGGAAACCUGAAGCUGGUUGACGCCUUCAACGAGGCUGGGGAAUUCCCCUUCCGCGCUGGUGCCGUCAAGUCCAUCAUUGGCGUGAUGGGCCAGGGCUGCGAAGGCUCUCUCCUGCCCAUCUCCCUGAUGCAGGUCCGCGCCCACCUCGCCAGCUACAGAUACCGCGACCAGGGCAUUUCCCUGCACAUCAUUUCCCCUCUGAACGAGUUGGCUCUCGACAACGACAAGCCUUCCUCAGACAUUGUUGGCUUUGACUCCGACCACGUUUACACCACUGGUGAUGACAAGAAGAAGCCCUUCGACGGCAACAAGGAGUUGCGUGAUCACCUCAAGUAUGACUCAGACACCUGCAUCAAGGUUGCCCUCGGCACCUAUGGAUCAGCAUUCAGCUCAAAGAACUUUAUUGCCUCCAAACCACCCCAGAGAAAGCAGUUCGUCAGUGUGGUCUCCAAGAGAGUUACCGACUCUCUGACAGGAGGAGAAAUUGUUCAGGACUGCAAGUGCUCUCUGCAAGAUGGUCUUCACCCCAAGGUCAACUGCAAGGUCAUCAGUCGGACAGACAAGAGACACGGUUGAAGAUCACAUUGUGAAGAACUGAAAAGCUAAUUUUAAUUACAAGUUUUAAAUUAUAUUUAUAUUUUUUUCAAAUUGUGCACUUGUGUCACAAAGACUAUUCCUGAUAGUACCAGCUAGAAACAGGUGUUUAGUUGUGCUUCUAUCUAGAUAAAUUUUCAAAAUUAUUGUCUGGAUACUAUCAGUUUGUUAUGUUUGUGUGUGUGUGUAUGUGUGAGUUAACACAUUAAUUGAACAUGAAACUUUUCCACCUGAAGGGGCAUUGUUCCAAUGUUGACAAUGGCUCAAACACUACCAAUAUCUUUGUAGAUAAUGGUUAAUCAAGAUAUAUUUUUCAAAUUAAUUUGUGUCUUAAAAAUUUUUGAUGGAAGCAUGUCUCUUUGGUUGGUGCGUGUGUUUCCAUUUUGGAUAUGGUUUUGUACUCCUGUUAGAUUUUAAGUAACAUGCUGUGAUCUUCUUUCAUUAUGUUUUUACAUAUUGUUUCUUGUCAAGUUCAAUUGUAAACAAUAAUGCAAAAAUCAGGGGGGAAAACACUUAAGUGGAGAAGCUCUUAGAGUAUACAGAGAAGCUACUGCAGCCUUUUUUAAAACUUGUCUUUUCUCCUGUCUUACUUCUCCCUGUCGUAUAGUCAUAGUUUGUAUUCUUACCGUUAGAGUAGGUGUGGGUGGAAGGUGUAAUGUUCUAAAACAGCAUCUUUUCAAGAAUUGGUCUCCUGAGCCUCAAGCUAGGUCUUCUGAAAAUCAAGUGCACAGUUUGAAUGCCGUCUUGUUUAUUCUUCAUCACAUCUGUAUUGAUCCAUGAUUGAUAUGACAUUCAAAUUCCUCUGGACAAUUUUUCAAUAAAACAUUUACAUCUUA